GACACAAUUCACUCAUUAAGCGGUUUCUGGACUAUAUAUUAGGACUAUAUAAGUGGACUAUUUUUAUUAAGCUCUUUUAACUUGACAAUUUUUUUAAUUCAUCUGAGCUUUACUCAUUAAAAAGACAUUAUUGUUUGCCUUGAUGCUGCUUUUGGUUUAGUUUAUUUUCUGACUAUCCAGACCUAUUUUCCUGGAAGUUCCAGUUCAUAACAAAAACUAAAUAAAAUAACUAAAGCACUUUAUUUGAUUGUCAAUGUAUGUAGCAUGCAAUUACUAACAUGGAGACACUUUUUAAAUUUUAUGUCUCCAACACUGGAGAUGGGACCACCAUUUAAUGUGGUCAUCUGAGGCACGUAAAGGUCUAGCUGCUUGCAGUGCAAAGGCAGUCCCUUCAUUUUUCAGUUAUUUUAAGACCCUGAGUAUUGGUCUGGCCCUAGGAAUGAAACUCGUGACCAGCCACUCUGCAGUCAAGCAUUCUGCCAUGUUAGCUUAUCCUGCCGCAGUUAAAUAACCCCUUUAUGUAAAAACAUGUCGAGGCCUGCACCUAGUCAACAGCAAUUUAAGUGUAACUUAACUCCUCUAAGUCUGAACAUGACAGUAUGAUUGCAUAAUAAUUAUUAAUCAUACUGUCAUGUUCAGACUGAGAGGAGGUAAGUUACACUUAAAUGAGAGAGUAGGAGACUAAUUAUUAGUCUCCUAUUCUCUCAUUUUGUUUAGAUGCGUAUGAUUCAGAUGAAGAAAUAUUUGAGAAGACAAUAACUCCAGCUGUUGAAGUUUGUAAUAUGAGUACAGUUGACUGCCAAGCCACUGCAAAUAGCCAAGAUGAUGAAGAAGCUGGUAUCAUUGAUAAAGCAGAAAGGCGACGCAUGAAGUUUCCAUGUCCUCCAGGUCCAACCCAGGCUGCAGAAUCAAAUGAAAGUAACAAGUUACAUAACAAUGGUAACUGUUCUUUUCAGGAUGGUGGGAAAAUAACUGAUCCACGGAGCCAACCUGAAGGUAAGCUGCAGGUUGGAAUUCAACUACUGGCAUUAAUAAUGGUUAAGCAAAUUAUGCAUUUUGUUAUUAAGGGUGUGUUCCUUUCGGCGAAUCCAAAAACGGAUUUUUGAUCCUAGACUUGCUGGAUUUUGCGGUCGAAAGGAACGUGAAAUUCGAAAUGGGAUUUGUAACCUUGGCAAUACCCCUGUCACUGGAAACCCCCACCCUGGGGAGAUAUGGGGUAUUACUGGGGGUGUGUUGCGGGCUUUGCCCUGUUAAUUGGGCCGAAGGGAUGGGGAAUUAACCUAUUUUAAUAUCAGAGUUGCCUUGCUUGUAGGGGUGGGAGAUUAGUUCAUUUUAGUUCUUUCCUUUGCCGUAGGGUUGGGAAUUACAAAAUUUUUCUAUCGAGGUAAGACAGGAGUAUGGAGCAAGAGGAUGGUUCCCAGGCUCAAGGCCGAGCAAAGCAUUUUUUUUCAUCCCGCCAUUUUUGGACAAACGAGCUCAAGAUGGGCGGACGACAAAAAGGUGAUUUCCAGAUAAUUUACUAAAAUAUUUGCUUAAAAAGGAUAGCCCAUCUGUGUUUAUACGUCGUUUUUUAUUACAUUUGCAUUGAUUUGGGUUCAGUGAUUUAGUUAUCUUAUAUAUAGUUCAGCUUAAAUUACCUCAGUUGUUCCGGAAUUUCAUCGCGAUGUCCUGAUUUAUUUUUGACUAUUUUAAGUAAAAUGUCUUUAAAGUACCUGUGAAUUCUUGAUUUCUGCGCCUGGUUUGAAUACAAUUGGCUUAUUUAUGUUGGAAAAUCCAAAACUGUGCUCCUGUCAAAUUAUCUAAAUUUUUCCAGGCUCUUUCUUAAAAUUAGUUUUGUUUUAACUCACUGCAAAUGUUUUUCGUACUGAAUUCCAACAAUGCUUGUACUUUUUGAGUUGUCUUAAAUGUUUUCAAUGCUUUUCACAGAUUCUUGUUUAGUUUGGUGAAUUAAAGGGACAGUGUGCCAGAAGGAGAGUGGUUUUAUGAAGCGUGCACAGCUGCUGUCUGUCUCUCACACUCUCUCUCGUCCUGAUCGAUUCCUGUAAGGAUCCACUCUCCACACCAUGCUCCUCACUCUUCUAGCUAACUAAUAACUAACAAUGGGGCUUACUGAGACAGAGCUUGCCGCCCCCCCCCCCCCCCCCCCCCCCCCUUGGGGGGGGGAGUUUAAGGAAUUUUUCCCCUUUUGGUUUGAGGGUUUGGAAAAAAAAAAAAAAUGUUCCUUAAAAAGGGGCCGUUUGGGAAUUUUUUGGCCAUGGCGCAAUACCCUUCUUUUUGUUUUUGGCUUAUGAAAGGGAAUUGGUCUAGCAGGAGAAGUGUUUUUUAGUAGCUCUGCCACCUCGUUCUUUGUUCUCCCCCUCCCUUCCGUCCGUGUUUCUCUCUGCAAGGAACACCUUCCCCCGCCGCCGUCCCUCUUCUCCACGCCAAGAAAUACAUACAAAAGGGGCUAAUUACGCAAAGCCUUUCCCGCCCCCCCCCCCCCCCUCCUCCCCUUGGGCGGGGGAGUUUAUGGAGUUUAUCCUCAUUUGGUUUGAGCGUUGAGAGAAAAAGAAAAAGUGUUCCUUAACAUGGGGCCUUAUGGCAGUUUUUUGCCUCAUGGCUAAUGCCCACACCUCCCCGGAAUGGGGGAGUGGGGUGGGGGGGGGGAAGGUUCCAGUGACAGGUGUAUAACCUUUCGCAAACGCGUGCAAUAUUCAUGACAGCCUGUCAACGAAUGACGUGUUUUCUACUGUUAGACAAGUUAUGCGAUUAUACCGUACAGAGUUUUGUGGUCGGCAGUGCGAAUAGCGACGACGGAACAUAACAGAUCAAAAAAGGAGCGCGUUUAAGUUCAAAAAUUAUCUAAAGGUUACGUUGUUGGCUUAGUUUAAUCCAGUUUCGAAGCUCGGAUUUUUUUAUGUCACACGAUCGAGUGCCUAUCUCGUCUGCAAGCGAGUUUUGUAGUUAGAUAGCAGUUCAUUUGUCCCUUUUACUUAUUUGUGUUUUUAAGCAAUCUUUCGCGACAAAUGGUUAUUACACGUAUAUUUUAAGGUACCAGGAACAAUCUUCCAGUGUUUUCAGACGUUGUACGGCAAAUGGCAGCAACUAGGAAAAUCUGGGGGAAUACUGAAAUACCGCUGGAUCAUCUGACUAUUUUCGGAUCCACUGAAAAUGGAACAGCGUAGAUCACUAAUCCGUUAAUCUGGAUUUGGAUUCUUCGGAUUUCAAAUCCAAUGAAUCCUUUUUCAAAAAGGAUUCACCAGAUCAGAAAUCCGGAUUUGGACUUGCCAAAAGGAACGCGAAAUACGUUUAAAGAUCGAUCUAGAAUCCGUUUUUGGAUUCACCGAAAGGAACACACCCUAAAUAUUAUACUAGAAAUACGUUAUCGCAACAUCCUCUCGAAGCUUCAAAGGAUCAGCAGUGAGAAGAAAGGGAAACAAGCGAAAUGAAAAAAAAUGAUAAAAAAACUAAAAAGAAAAAAAAUGUACAAAUUGUAAAAGUAGGAUUUUGCCUCGAAUUUGAACUUGCUCCCUCCGAAUCGGAUCUAUCUUAGCUAUAGAUCGUUUUCACUGUCACGCAACAAAAAAAUAAAUUGGAAACGCGUCUAGUGGCAAAAGCCAAGAAAAUGAAAUGUUAUAAAAGACUAAUUUUGGAACAAUUUGUCCAAGUCUCAGGUCUUUGACGCCCACAGUUUCUCAGUUAUUUGCCGAAACGUCUCACGCACCUUUGUAGAGCUUUGUAUGGAGACACCAUAUUGGUGCACUGUUUUGGUGCACCAAUGUGGCCGCCGGAAAUUAAAAAAAAAACACCUGGAGUUCACUUUUCCUAUAAAAGCUCUUUCUUUUCACUCGAUAACUAGCAUAUGUGCGCAUAAACAUAUUAUACUUGAAAAGGUUAUACUGCGGAAAAUCAAGAGGAGAGACUUUUUUUCAACAAGACAGCAUUCCUAUUUUGGUGUCACGCACUGUGAAAACUCGUAAGUUCAAAUUGCUGUACUUUCGAAAUGAAACAUGCUACGGGAAUGAAAACUUGUACAUAAAUUUACUUUUUAUUUAUUCUCAACCUAGUGUAAAUAAGAAUUCGUAAAACCUCGCUAUUUUGACUUUACAAUUUGAUGACGUCGCUGUGAAAACCAUCUAUAGUUAGAUCCUUCACCACUGCGCCACGCCCCUGAAUAAUUGUUACACUAAAAUUUAAAGCAUUUUUCUCUGCCGUGAACGCUGUUUGAAGUUGGUGGAGCGGUAUUUAUUUUGAAUUCUAAUAUCCAUUUGAGGAAAAUUAGCUUAAAGGCGUAUUUCAAAGCCAUUUUGCAUUAUUUCGGUCGUAAUUCACUCUCGGCGAUAGAUGCACGGAGCUGAUUUGAUCAUUAUCGGUCACAUCGAUCGGCAGGGAAAGAACCAAUUCAUCGUUGGUUCGCCUAGGUGUAACAUGAAUUCAAAGGUACAUUACGGGAAAAAGCACAGGCAACCCAGGCUCAGUAUUUGUGUCACGUACUGGUUUCAUAUAACAUGAGUAACUAUACAUACAAAGUUUCGGGAAAAAUAGUCGCCUCCAAAUAUGCAGGAAAGGUGAAAGAGACUAUUUUCCCCGAAACUUUGUGUGCAUAUUAAGGACAGCAACAACUCGCGACAUGGUAAGUUUGAUCGAUUUUUAUUUCCAUUUUCUAGCAAAUUUCCAGACCUAAACUUCGCCCCAUAUGUUCUCUUUAUUUACUCAUGUCAUGUGAAACCCGUACGUGACACAGAUAGUGAGCCUGGGUUACCUGUGUUUUGAAUAAACAUGAUUUGCAUUCGCACUUAAAGUAGCGUCGCCUGGCAACCCUAGAAGGCACCCUGACGUCACAACUGGAUGACGUCAACUGCGGACACCCAAUAGAUGUGUAGAAAUAUUCGCAACUCGAGUUUCUGCCUCGCUGUGCGAUCAACGCACGAGGCGCGACAAAUUUAUAAACCUCGCGAGCUGAGGCGCCUGUUACUUUUGGGAAAUUGCCAACGGAUAAUAAGGAAUAAGAUGGUGUCAAAGCAAAAUUUACCAACACACGACAAAUUGAAGACCUCAAAGUGUUUCUACCUCUUCUAGAAGAAUUUAACACAGUAAUAAUUGAUAGAGUUGAAAACAGAAACUCCUGAGUUGAAAACAAUAAAAAAUAACUCGUUGGGACCUCAGAAUUCGGUAAAGGGAGAGUGUUAGGUUCCGUAUUACUUAAACUUCUUAUAACCCUUAGAAUUUUUAUUAUGUUGACUGUAUCUCACUGCGAUGCAUCUUACUGGCAUGUUUUACCUUUAAACAAUGGCGGGUGACGGCAAAUUUGAAAGUUUCUUAACAAUUCUAAAAAAAAUCACGUUGCACGUGUUCAAAUGUUAAUCGGUAAUGUGCACUUUCAAUCAAAGAAAUGAAUUUUUUUAGGUUACGGGCACUUAUACGUGGCCCUUACCUUUGAAAAUUUUUCAAGUUCUAGGGACUGUCCAUGAAAAGAAACCAGGUAGAAGUUCUAAGGAUGGUGACCAACAACAUACAAGUGAAGCUUCUACUAAACAGACAUGUAUCUGACAUGUAUUCCAAAACCAUUGAACCCGGUUAUUACUGAAGUCAUAGUAGUUAACUUUACUUAUUUCCGAGUCAACUCUCCUAUUCAAUAUUGAAAUCAAAAUUUUUUUCUUAUAUUCUUUUCAGAAGUAUAACAUUCGAUAGUGUUACUCUUAAUUGUUUGAUAACAUUGGUAAAUAUUUGUUAAUAUUGCCUUUAAUGUGAAAUUGUAUCAAUUCAAAAAGUGUUGCCCCAUCUCAUGAGUGUAAGUAUAUAUACCACACAAGUAAAGUGCUUUUUGCGCGCGCUGAUUGGAUCGAAGGUGAUUAGCCAAAUCACCUCCAACCAGCCGUAAAGAAAGAGGAGAAAAAAUGACUUGAACUGCACUUUUUUCGUUGAAAUAAAAUGUCGGAUCAAAAAAACAUUGAAAUUUAUUACUCAAUCGUGGAACGUUUGAAUUCACUCGUUUCGUUCAUAUCAUUUGACUUCAUUUGAACAUACGGGGCACGCCGACACGGCCCGCAAGAUUGUAAAAUUCCCGCGUAUUUGCGCAGGCUACCAUACGACGUUUCUCGUUCAAUUUGAAAUUUAUUUACACGAGUAUAUAAAUCGCACGAGUAUGUUUUUUAAAAACUAUCAAAAUUUGAGCUUUUUGAAAAACACACGAGUGCAAAUAAAUUCCAAAUUGAACGAGAAAAUUCGUAUGAGUACUUUUUACUGCUCUUUUCACAAACAUGCGAACUCUAAAGCUCAAAAGCCGCCUUCACAAUUGCGUUUUUCGCUGCCUUCAAUCAUAAUUACGAACCUUGAAACACAGAAACACACAAAACGGAUCGAAAUCCACCAAUCACAUAUUAUCAUCCAUGACCUUUUGAACCCGUUAAAGUAAAGUUUUGUUUCCUAAGAGGUUCGUUAAGAUGAUUGACGGCAGUGAAAAAAGGCAAUCAUCAGUUGGCUUUUGAACUUGAGAAUUCGCAUGUUUGUGAAAAGCGCAGUAAUAGUAUACAUGAAAAAAAUACUUGCCUGGCUUUGUUUGGACUCUUUCCGCGGCCGGCUGGACGAACAGUGUAGUUGUUUGGCAUUGGCUGGAAGUCGUAAGACAAAAAACGGUACUGGAUUCAAAACUCCAGGACGAAAUUUUCCAGAUUUAGUUAUUUCAAUAUUAUUUGUGUCAAAUUGUAUCAAUUCGAAAAAGGUUGCCCUCUUUCAGGGUUUAAAGCUCGUAUGUAGGGACCGCGUUAGGAGUUUCAUGAAAUCUGUGGGAUUAAGGUCCUGUGAGGAUAUUUUCAUUGCUUUCUUUUUCUCCAUACUACAUCCGUAACAUCAUUACUUAUUAGUAAUGGUAACAGGGCUAAGUGGAGUCCAAUUGGGUCUGUAAUCAUAUGAGUGAUUAACAAAAUCGGACGACCGCGUAGCGGGAGUCCGAUUUGUUUAAUCACGAGUAUGAUUACAGACCGAAUUGGACGACACGAAGUUCUGUUACCAAUUAAUCAUAACUUAAACAAAAUUUUUGAAAAAAGGCUCUUUUUCAAAACGAGAAAUUCCAAUUUUUUUUGCUAGCAGUGAAAAAAGAGCCAUUUAAGGGCGCGCGUGAUGGCGCGUUCUGUCCAAUUACUUAGGCAUGACGCGUACUGUCCUGUUAAACUGUCCCAUUAAGGCUUAAAUCAGGACAGUUGAUAGCCAACCACAUUUGACAAUUUUGUUAUAGUUAUGAUUAUACAAUAUACCGGACGCAAAAUUACUUUCUUAGCGAGUCAUUUUCCUGAAAUAUUAAUAUUGUUAUUAGGUAGAAGCAGGGUAGAAGAUUUAUUAAAGAUAAAAGUCAUAUUUUUAUUGCCUUUUCAUUUUGACGAAAGGCUACGCUCCACAAUGAACAUAGAGGAGAAGUCGUUACGUCACGUUGCCGUGGUAGUAACAUUUUUGGAUGACACCACUGGAACCGAAAAUUCACUUAAAAGGUAAAUUCGCACCGUUUCAAACUUCAUCGAUCUUAUUCAGUUUCAUUUAAUUUGUGAAAUGUGGGCGAAAUUUUCUGGAUUGAAUCCGAAAGGACCGUAUCUGAGUUUAGAAAAAGAAAAAGAAACUUUUUGUGUUGUGUUCACCUGCUCCGCAACGCGGGCACGUGAAAUUAGGAAGUUUCAUGUCGCAGUCGUGCAACGAUGACCAAAAAAUGUGCAAAAAAGCGUGAUGCAUGUGCAAAGUUGUUGUUUUACUAAUAUAAACUUAUUGCUUUUUUUGCCGUUCUCGUUGCCGUCGCCGUCGCCGUCGUUGUUGCCUAAGCUCCCUUUUGUUGUGAUCCAAAAAUUUUGCUACCAUGGUAACGUGACGUCUCACUUCACCUCUCUAUUGGUCCUUUCCAAUUCCCACCGAUCGAUAUGACCGACGGAUCAAAAACUGGUAAUGGUUUCAGCUCCUUACUUCUAUCGGCCGUUGAACCCGAUAGUGAAUGAAAACCGAAAAUGGCUUUGAAAUACCCUAAAAUUCCGAAAAUAAGCCCCUUAAAAUAAAAGCCCCCCAAAAUCGUAACGCAAAAAGCCCACCGUUAAAUCGCCCCUCCGAAUAUAAGACCCCGGGGGGCUUGUACUUGGAAUUUGCCCUUGAAUACAAAGUAAAACAAAGCAAAAAUGGUAAAUUUCCUUCCCUCCACAAGCUAGCCCAAUCGAUUAUCAAACGCAAAUUUUCCCUCCGUAAAUAAGCCCCUCCAUAUAUAAGCCUCUCAAGAAGGGCCUUUGAAAAAUAAAAUCCCUGGGCCUUAUUUUCGGAAUUCUACGGUACGCAUUGAAGCUAAUUUCCCUUAAACACCCUUAAUUACAAAAAUUAGGCAAAAAAAUUACCAAACCUAAAAAGACCUAAGAUAUCAUCAAUCAAUCAAUAAAUAUAUUUUAUCUGUAACUAGAAAACGGAGAUUGGAUCAUAUCGACGAAUUCACGCUUAUUUAACGAUUUCUGAAGAUUUUAAGAAAGUGGUUGGUUGCCUUUAUACGAAUACUUACCAGCUAAUUGUCUGAAAUUUAGCUGCUAGAGCCCUUAUUAAAUGAAGUAAAAAAAUAACCAAACUUAAGAGUUUUCACUUAUCUUCUACUCAAUUUGAUGGUUCGAGGAGUAUCACUUAUAAAAUUCACUUAUUUUGAUUUUUGUCUUGUGUUCUUUGAUUUUUGUCUUUGAAGGAAAGAAAAAUAUAUUUUUUCGUUUUAGUGUUUCAUUUUGAAUUUACGGCUUAUCUUUGAUUUCCAAAAUUUAUUGCGCUUGAUUUAUCAAAUGGCGUUUUUGAUUUUCAAAGUGAGAUAGUUAUGGAUCUUACCUAAGUGAUAGCAUCAGUAGUGUGGUCAGCAAUACUCAAGCCCAGGACACUAAGACAUAUAUCAUGGCCGAACGAGACAGAGAGGGUGUUUUCCGGGGAAGCUGCCUCAUCAACCAUCAGAGCAGUCGCAUAGUCUGUUAUUGUGAAACUGAAGAGGUUUGAACCCGGGAGUCAUUUCAUAAGGAGGGUGAGUAUGAUCGUCUGGGUGAACGUAGUUUUGAAUAGGACUCUUGUUGUUGACAGUGACUGACGUUUCGACAACCUGUGCGCGAGUCAUCUUCAGAGUCAAAGUGAGUUGUAUCAGUUGUAUCACUUCAGCUAAAUCAAAAGUAUUUACUCCAACGAAGGAACUACAGAACAUCGCGCUCCAGUCCAAAGUGCUCUCUAAUCUGAAGAAAAACAUCGCACCUGAAGGAUGCACUCAAGAAAAGUCUGGGUAACGUUUUGCCGCCGAGGCCUUCCAACCUUAAUCCAGACCCUGCUUACACGUAAGCAUAUGUUAGGACCCUGAUUCGUUUCGUUUCGCAUACAGAACUAAGUAAUUUUUCAAACUAACAUCGUGGAAUUGUAUUUUUUGGUAAAAAAAAAUGGUUUGUACCACAAAUGUACACUGCUUACAUCCAACCGUCACAUUCCUGUAAAGAUUCCGUUCCAAGACCCUGAAAGCCAUGCCCUGCUCAGGGGCACAUUACCGUCAAGGCCAAAUAAGGAAGUGCCCCCUUCCGGGAAACACCUACAGAACAGAGAAUUCUCUCCAUGCAAUAUAUAAUCUACCGCUCGAAAGAAAAAAACUAAAAACAUUACACUCUUUUUAAUAUAAGAAUGUUGUUUUUUCGGGCCAGGCUGAAUGUUCUUACUUUUUUGCCGAUUUUAGCCUGAAAAUAUUCUUGUAUUAUUCUUGAAUUAUAAUUGAAAGAGAAAUAAUUUAUCAUAUACUUUUUGCGGUUUGUUCAUUUUUUUUCUUGCUGUAUACUAUAGAUAUGUAUUUCAUUUACCGUUCAUCGAACUGUCAUUAGCACUGAACAUUUGGCUAUAACUAGUGCAGGUUUCUUCGUUUUGUUAGGUAGUUUUGCCAUGAGAGGAAGAAAUAAUUUGAUACCGUUAAGUUAAAAACACAUUUUUCAGAUUUUUAUCACUCAAAAUAAUCAUCCUUUUCGAAAUCCUAGCCUCGGGUUUAUUCUUAAAAUAUUCUUCAAAUUUUGCAAAUUUCAGCCUCGAUAGUCUUAUAAAAUAAACUCUUAUAGAACAAAAAAGAGUGUAGCUGUAAAAUUAAUCACUAAAACCAAGAAAAUAUCAAAUUAAAAGACAAGAAUCCAACUAAGUGAAUUUUAUAAGUGAUACUCCUCGAAAACGGUAGCCAGCCAUCAUCAUCAGUAGAUAUUCAUUUUAGAAGAUAUUGUCCUAAACAACAGGUAUCCGAUAAACAAGAUGCUCCUGUCAGAAUUGUCUUACCUUUCAAAGCCCGGAAAUCAGAGAACGCGUAAGACACCAGCCCAGGUGUUAUCGGGAGUGGGGCGGGGGCGUCCAAACUUUGGUUCAGAAAGGACUGUUGAACUUUUCUGUGGCACAUUACUUCUCCAUUCCUUGGCCCCUUACCGUGUACUUGAAGUCUAUUCAAAGGAUGCACCCUUGGAAUAUCCUGCUCUUGUGCUUGGUAAGAAAGAUUGUACAGAUUUCGUCGCCUUCAUAGGAGGGUACCCAAAAACAAUUACAUUUUUGAAUAUCUCUUGAAUUUAGUUUUGUGGCAAGAUGCAAUCCAGUUAAGGUGGCUCCCUAGAGUAUUUACUAAUAACGCUAGCUAUCUAGCAUACGUUACAGAACGAAAUCUAGUUACUUUGUCUUUACGAUUUUGUUCACGAGAUUCUCCGCUAAGGACAAGGUUACCCAUAUAAGAAGGCUCCUUUAGAAAGUUUCAUGUAUUGGAUUAAGGCCGUUGCCAUGGCGACAUCGCAUCCUUUGACAGGCAGUAAUUUUGUCAUUUUUGAUCAUUUUUUCUUAAUAUUUCUUAUUUCCCUCGGUCGUUAAGACGGUUUUGCCAAUAUUUUCAUAUUUGUAAUUUUUCUUAAUGGCGGAAUUUAGCUCUUACAGAUUUUAACAUAAAAAGGACAGUACAAAGGUACUGCAACUGUUAAGAAGUGAGGCGAUUUUUAAAAACAUUUACCGAAGGAAACGCAAGAAAUUCACAGUUAAUUAACUACGUUGACGUCACAAAAAUCCGAAAAACACGCGUGGUUCGGGGUCGUAUAGACUAGUAUGAGCAACAUACGCGCGUGAGCCAUCACGCCCGCACAAAGCUACUGAAAACAUGUGGUUUCUUUGAAGAGUGCGAAAACCAUUGUUGCAAAGACGCGCCAUGCUUUUCAGUUUAAUUUAUUUCUUUGCGCCAUUUUUUAUAUUUUACAUUCCGCAUAAUUAUGUCAUUCCGCAAGCCAUGCCACAUGCCAUUCCGCAAACUCAUUCCUCCUGUUACCCUCGCCGAGUCUUAUGUCUUGAUUUGAAAAAAAAAAAAAAAACUCGGUAAUGUAACUACACCCUGAACUGCACGGUGACAGAUCGCAGCGUAAACUGGACACCUACAAACCUGGCCAAUAUCAGCCAUCCGAGAAAAAUUUUAAACCUGGUUUUACAGAAAAGAUGGAUUUUUUUGACGAUUUUUAAAAAAAUGAUAAUUGUUUGAUCCUUUGACUCUUAAUUGCAACUCAUAUGUCAAAAAAUUAACUGUUUCCGUCAAUUCAGUUUCCAUUUCUUGAUGAGAGAUGUAUCUUCCGAUAUAAAUCGAUGAAAUCGGCAAAAAUCACGAUAAAUCGAUGAACGAAACGAGUGCCGUCAUCGAUUUCUACCGAUUAAUCGAUACUAUCGAUAUCAAUCAAAUCACAUUCACCAAUUUUUAACGAUUUAUCGAUUGAUAAAUCGAUACGAUUUUUAUUGAUUGACUACUCCGGGCUUACAUCAACGUGUGGAGGAACACAAGCGAUCAACAAUCGGCAACCACGUAAAGGAUGAGCACGGAAAGGAUCCGGAGACCAUUACAAGCAAUUUCAAAAUCUUUAGAAAGAGUCAGAGCAAACUCGACUGUUUGAUUUUUGAAAUGCUUUUUAUUCGUGAACUCAAACCCUGUGAUGUUAUUACAGUCCCUCUAUUUUUUUUCGCUCCCCUCCCCCUGGAGCUAUAAUCCCCGACGCCCGCCCCCUCAGUACAUUUGAAAAUCAAGAUGGCCGCCAUUAACGGUAAGACGCGCGCUAUAUCUUGACGAGUCACGAAAAAAUAAGGGGACUGUGAAUAGUCUGCUACCUUUGGCUUGUUUCCCUUUAUUCUCACUGCUGACCCUUUACAGCUUCGCGAGAUUUUUGGCGACAUGUAUCUCUAGUUCAAUUCAUUAAACAAGGCUUUUUAGGGAGAACAGAUACUUUAUUGCAAAGUUAUUUCAUAAAACUGCCGUGGGAAAAUAAAGUUUUUAGUUUCACUCACCACUUUUUUUCCGUGAUCUACUACUGAACAGACCCACGGCAACAUGGAUUCCUUUCAUUUUAUGCAAUGAACCGCAGAAAAGAAAAAAAACCGACAAACUUGCCUCGCCGUACCGCUUGAUUGUACCAGAUUGGUCAUUUUCCAAGUCACACUGAAACGCUACUUUUCGUUUCUGCUUCUUAAUUCUUAAUUCUUUUCUUUUUGAUCAAGGCCUUGAUGACUCACUCAAAGUAGAAUAAUCGCGAAAACAUUUUCAGACCUGCCAGUCUCAUUCAAUGGCAACUCGUGCUACUGAGUUUCCAGUUUAGACAUUUUCAAAUCGUCAAGAACUCGUUCUGUCUUGGUUUCUCCGUUUUUCUUACAACAGCUAUUAAAACAGUUCCUGCUAAACGUUUUUUGAGGCGUUCUCUUGACGCCUCUCUUGCUUAUUCCGAAAUAAUCUCUCUCCGUCAAUCGAAGACUCAGGGGCAGUCGAGUUGAGUCGGGAGAAAAGGCGCGACGAAAGUUAAGCCAUUUCUACAGACCCAACGGAUUGCUCCUGGGUCUCCGAAGAUGAAAUAAUCUCGCGAACAUUUUCAAAACCGCGCGCCAUGUUGGACAAAAGAAACCGCAAUUAUAUUUCCUUGCCCCAUGUAAGGGAAUACGGAUUUCGUAAUCGAGAAGUUAGGCAUUUUUGCUUGUGGAAUCCGAAAUCCGGGAAAAUUUUGCUUGUUGAAUCUAGAAUCAUUGGCUUUGGAAUCCGGAAUACAGCUCAGAAAAUCCGGAAUCCCACUAACAAUUAGAAUCUAGAAUCCAAGUUCCACUGGCAAUGACUGGAAUCUAGUGCCUGGAAUGCGGAAUCCACGGUGUGGAAUCCAGAAUUCAAGACAGCCUCAUGUUCCAUUACAUAGGGAGAUUUUAUAGUUUUUGCAUGUGAGCAAUACUCGCCUUCCAGAAGUACUUUUGGUUUCCAAUUAUGUUGCAGUUUCCAGCCUGUAAACCUCGUUAGGGUACUGCGCCGUGUUUUAAUAGAAUUUUAUAACCCGAUUUUCUACUUUCAACGUGCACACUCCUCGUUUCUGACACAAAAUCUACUGAACGGCUAGAAUUCGAAGCCCCCUUUUUCCACAAUGAUAAAACGAUUUAAAUGGCGAGAGGUUUUGCGGUUGUAUCAAGGGCAUCAAGAAUUGUUGAUCAACAAAAACAUGAAGCACACCUUCAAGCGGUCAGAUGCUAGAACAACUGUCGCGGAUAACAAAAAAGGUAAAUAGUUCAAGUCAAGCGGCUUUUGAUGCCUCAUCGCUGCAAACCAAAGGGAAUUUUACAGUGAAUUGAUCACUGUAUGUCAGACUAUAGGAACAGAUCUUCGUGUUCUGUUGCUGAAAGAAAUGGAGCCGUGUGUCUGAGCAGGUUUCGUGUAGCUUGAAACUAAUCUGUGAAUGAAGCUUUUUCUAUUCCGGUCAAGACAAGUAUGUUGAGAGUGAUUUAUUGGAUACGAAUGUGCGUGUAGUCGCUAGUUUCUUGAUCUUUCUUUCCUGGUUUUGUUGUGAUUGUUGUUUAUCUGUCACGUCGCGAGAAUUCGUUAUAAAACUCCUUAAAAUCCAAUGCAUGAUGCAUUAGGUAGGACAAGAGAUCGGCGUCUGAAUCAGUGCCAUAUCGAAGUCUAAAGUCUCGGCCGAGCCAGGCGGACUGAACGGCUCAGCCGUUGGAAAUUAUAAUAGGCGUUCCUAAAACAUGCUAAAUGAUUCAAACGCCCAACUUUAAUUUGAUCAAUUCGAUGCAUUAUAGCUACUACUGGUGGAAGUUCGAAGUCUGAACAGUCCUUAGUUACAGUUUUUAAGUCAUGCAACCCACCUUGAAGAAAUACUGAAGCAGGACGGUGAUCGGCCGCAAAAUCAAAAUGUAACGCGCAAAACCUAAUCUGUAAUUCUAGGCGCCUAUGAGACAAAGAAACUGAGAAUAGAGCUGCCUGAACACCCUCAAAUGGACGACACUGACUAUUCAAGACAGAGCGUUCCAGACCUGAGGGGCUUGUCGUUAUUGGCACCUCCACAGGCUGAGCCUGCACUGCUCAGGCCCAUUUGUGAGCCGAACAUUCUCUCUAGGGUAGUUUUUUCAAGUACGGUUUCCAUACUGAUUGCUACGUUUAGCAAGUCGACUGAGUAGAUAGAGUUCAGCUCUCUUCGACGUAGGCCGUGAUCUUGCGCGAUUGCAGUGAUAGAGGCCUCAAUGAAGGAAAGAGAGGCAACCUGGAACGAGAAUACCGGCUGAAGCAAUAUGCUAACAUGGCUAAUGAAAGAUAAUCCUUAUUUGUUCCUCAGAUUUUCAGCUGAGUGAAAGAGAGAGAGCCUUGGCAAGCGUAGCAGAUCAAAUACGAUGUGCAGCAGAUGUUCUUCGAGCUCCUAUGAGAUUUCCAGCUCCAACUCGUCCCCUUAGCAAAGACAAGAGAGAAAGUAAAGGAACUUCACAGUCUAUACGAAAAAACGAUGAAGUCAGCUGUUUUACAUCAUUACUACAUAAGCGGCCUAAAAAAUAACGAAGUUCUCAAAGAAUCAGGGCUAAACUCAUCGAACAUAACUGAAACAUUAAAUACCUCGGAAACUGAAAGGGCACGCUUCAACAAACCCUUAUUAAGGGCAAAGAAAUAUUUUUAAUUUCCAAAAUGUCCUCAUCAGGCCAUACGGUUCCACCGGCAAAAACCUGCCCAGCAGGUUAGGUAAGGUAAAGUUUUUUGUUAGUGUCCGUACAAAAUUAUUCCCGGCUAGAGCCCACUACGUUACCUAGGAGACGUUCAGAGCAAUAACCUGGUUAUGUGUCGGCGGCUGGU